GUUAGACAAGGAAGGAGAGGAGAGGAGAGUCCGUCAUCACUCAUACCAACAAAUAUACGAUACGAAUACGUACUUACCGUAGUACUCCGACCUAGAAUAGAAUCCCUUUUCCUUCUCCCCCUUCUUUCGUCCGUUUCCAAUUCCAACCACCUCAAACACUUUUCUCAACACACGAGAAAGAAGCUCCAUUAAUGGCGGACGAGCCCCUCUCCAACUCCAACUCCACCACCAACAACAAGAGGAGGGCUGAGGGGAUUCGCCCCGACUGCGAGAGCACGGAGCCCUUGCUGCUCGCACCGCACGAGCCCUACCGCCUCUCCGCCGCAAUCCUCCCGUUCCUGUUUCCAGCUUUGGGCGGCCUCCUCUAUGGCUACGACAUCGGCGCAACAUCUGGAGCUACCAUAUCGCUCAAAUCAUCCACGUUCAGUGGCACCACAUGGUACAACUUGUCAUCGCUGCAAACUGGCCUUGUCGUCAGUGGCUCACUCUAUGGUGCUCUCAUCGGUUCCAUCUUGGCAUUCAACAUUGCGGAUUUUCUAGGACGACGCAGAGAGCUUAUUUUUUCUUCUGUCUCAUAUUUGAUCGGAGCUCUUCUAACAGCAGCAGCACCAAACUUCCCUAUCAUGGUUGUUGGCCGCUUUUUCUACGGCAUAGGAAUUGGAUUGGCUAUGCAUGCUGCUCCGAUGUAUAUUGCCGAGACUGCUCCAAGUCAGAUAAGAGGCAUGCUCAUUUCUCUCAAGGAGUUCUUUAUUGUUCUUGGGAUGCUUCUUGGCUACAUUGCAGGCAGUCUCUUUGUUGAAGUGGUUUCUGGCUGGCGCUACAUGUAUGCCACCAGUACACCACUAUGCCUCAUUAUGGGAAUUGGGAUGUGCUGGCUACCUUGUUCACCCAGGUGGCUUCUGUUAUGUGCCAUACAAGGGAAGGGGAAUCUUACGGAGUCCAAAAAAAAUGCUACCCACUGCUUAUGUCGAUUGAGGGGUCAAGCUUCUCCUGAUUUGGUUUUGGAACAAGUUAAUUUGAUUCUGGAUGAACUGUCAUAUGUCGAUCAAGAGACGCAAGCAGGAUUUAGUGAGAUCUUUCAGGGAAAAUGCCUCAAAGCAAUGAUAAUUGGAUGUGGCCUGGUGUUCUUUCAGCAGGUCACUGGUCAACCAAGUGUGCUAUAUUAUGCUGCAACAAUCCUUCAGAGUGCUGGAUUCUCUGGAGCAUCUGAUGCUACUCGUGUAUCAAUUCUUCUUGGCUUACUAAAGUUGAUUAUGACUGGAGUGGCAGUUCUUGUGGUUGACAGGCUUGGAAGAAGACCAUUACUGAUUGGAGGUGUUAGUGGGAUUGCUGUUUCCUUAUUUUUGUUAUCUUCUUACUACACCUUAUUGAAGGAUGCUCCUUAUGUGGCUGUAAUAGCACUUCUACUCUAUGUUGGUUGCUACCAGCUGUCAUUUGGCCCAAUUGGUUGGCUUAUGAUUUCAGAAGUUUUCCCAUUGAGGCUGCGAGGUCGUGGGUUGAGUAUUGCUGUUCUUGUGAAUUUCGCCUCCAAUGCAUUGGUCACUUUUGCUUUCUCCCCACUGGAGGAUUUGAUUGGAACCGGGAUCCUGUUCUGUGGGUUUGGGGUGAUUGCAGUGGCGUCUCUUGUUUUCAUAUUCUGCAUCGUGCCCGAGACGAAAGGGCUCACCUUGGAAGAAAUUGAAGCCAGCCUGUAGAUCCAGCUGCCCUGCAUGUCGUGUAAAUAAAAACCUGAAGUGAAUUGUCCGCAAGAGUUUACUGCUGGCACGUACUGUUUAUUCAGAGUUGCUACAAGCUGUAGGACUGAACAUCUUUGUGGUAAGAGAGUGAGGUGCCUUGAGGAUAAAUGUUAUACCGCUGUUGCAUUUGGUCUUAAUUCAAUCAUAUCCGUAUUAAGCUCUUCUUCAAUACGUGUGCGUGAUUAGUGUUGUACAACAGCAGUAGCAGCAUGCUCUCUCAAAUAAAUAAAUAAAUAAAGGAGGAAGAGGAAGAAGAAGCAGCAGAAGCAGUUGGCUGCCAUGUUAUUGGGCACUUUUUCAAAAUUUCGCAUGAUCUCAACGUAUAUAUCGCCAACAGGAGCUCUAAUUUUGCUGCUAUUAAUCUGUGAAGAAUCAUUAAAAAAAAUUGUGGAGAAUAGAAAGGAAUGGUGUGUUGA